CCUUUCUUUGCCUUCCGCUCCUGGAGGGAAGGGUUGGCCCUCCACUAUCCCAUGAUGCGGUGCGGCCGCGACCCCCAGCCGUCAGUGGCGGCCGCCAUGUUUUGCUAGUUUGUUGUUCUCUUGCGGCUGGUGGUGCGGAGCAGGCGGCGGGAGGGCGGAGUAUCCUCGCCCCCUGCAGCCGGGCGCCGAGCGGGGCCUGCGCCCGAGGCCUUCCCCCCACUCCGAGCCCUCAUUGCAGCUGCGGGAGACACUGCCAACAGCGGCCGCCGCCCGCGCAGGAGGAGGCGCCAUGGCUGCUGCCUUGGGAGGAGCAGAUGAUGACUUUGAUCAGUUUGAUAAGCCUGGUGCAGAAAGGUCUUGGAGAAGAAGAACUGGAGACGAUGACUGGGACAGUGAACUUGAAGAUGAUUUGCUUGGAGAGGAUUUGCUUACUGGUAAAAAGAAUCAGUCAGACUUGUCAGAUGAAGAACUGAAUGAUGAUCUUCUACAGAGUGACAAUGAAGAUGAACAAAAUUUUAGUUCUCAAGGUGUCACAGUUAGUCUUAAUGCUACAUCUGGCAUGGUUACGUCAUAUGAUUACUCUGAGAACGCUAAUGAUCAUUCGAUAGAACAUGAGUCGGAAUAUGACCAAGGGGAGGAUGAAAUGGCUUAUGACAAAUCGGGUGAACCUGAAGUAUACUCUCAAGAGUACACAGGGGAAGGACAGUAUGAAGGCAAUGAUGCUGAGCUGACGGAAGACCAAAUAGAAUAUGGGGAAGAACAGGGAGAGGAAGAAAUUUACAAUGAUGAAGUGCUAGACCUUGAAAUCAAUGAACCUCUAGAUGAAUUUCCAGAUGAAGAUUAUAUACAGUCAUAUAAUGAACAACAAGGGAUGGAAGAACAGGAAGAAUAUGUAGCUGAAGAGGAAUUGGAGGAGGUCGCUGAUUCCCAAACACCUACAAAUGAAUCAGAAGAGGCAGCUAUUGAAACUCUGGAACUUCAGGAGGAAACAAAAGAAGAAUCUGAUGAAGAGGAGGAGGAGGAUGAACAAUCUGGACGACUACGUUUCAAAACUGAACGAAAAGAAGGAACCAUCAUUAGGCUCUCAGACAUAACGAGAGAGAGGAGAAACAUUCCAGAAACAUUGGAACUCUCAGCAGAAGCCAAAGCAGCGUUAUUUGAAUUUGAAGAAAGGGAAAGACAGCUUAAACAGGGACGCUACGGCUCAAGGAGAGGAGGGAGGAGAGGAGGUUCCAUAAUGUGUCAUGGAAUGGGAGAACAAAGAAGAGACAACAAUGAAAGGGGAAGAAUGAAGGAUCACAGGCCUGCGCUGCUACCAACGCAGCCACCAACAGUGGGUCAUUCACAGAGGUUAAUUCCUCCUCACCAGCAGCAGCCUAUUAGGAGUCUGUUCCAGCAGCAACAGCUACAAACACUGCUUCCUAUGCAGCAUCAACACCAUUCAUCUCCUCCUCCAGGACUACAUAUGCCACCCCAGAUAGAAACACCUGGAAUAAUGAUGACUCCACCCCCAGUGACACCCCAGCAACCGAAGAACAUACAUAUAAACCCACAUUUCAAAGGGACAGUAGUGACGCCUGUGCAAGUGCCCUUGUUGCCAGUCCCAACCCAGCCAAGACCUGCUGUAGGACCCCAGAGAUUUCCUGGCCCUCCAGAUUUUCAGCAGCACCCUCCUGGACCUGUUCCUACCAACUUCACCCAAGCCCCAAGAAUCCCUCUACAGGACCAGUGGAGAGGCCCACCUCCACCACCUAUGCCUCCACCACCACCUCCUCCUCCUCCUCCCCAGGAAAGAGACCCUUUCUUCCUAGGAGAUCCAAGAUUCCCAAGUCAUCAUUUGUUCGAGCAACGGAGUCCCCCACCUCCACCCCCUCCACCACUCCUUAACAGUACCCAUCCUGUCCCUACCCAAAAUCCUCUGCCUUUCAAUCAACCUGGACCAGGAUAUAAUCAGCAAGGGCAGCAACCAGUAUUUCCCAGAGACAGACCAGUAAGGCCAAACAUCCAGCCUCAGAAUCCUGCUGGAAUUCUUCACUUCAGCCAACCAGGUUCAGCAAAUCCACGGCCUUUCAUGCAACCCAGACAACAAUUCUUACAAAACCCAGGACAGCCAUUUCUAGCAACACAUACACAGCCCAAUAUGCAGGGUCCCUUGCACCCUCCUCUACCGCCUCAGCCUCACCAUCAGCAACAACAACACCACCACCAGCAGCAGCAGCAGCACCACCACCAACAGCAACAGCAGCACCAGCAGCAUCAUCAGCAUCAGCAUCAACAUCAGCAUCAGCAUCAUCUUGCCGGUCCACCACAGCCUUUGAUUCCCAUUACCCAGCCACAGUUCAGACCUCAUUUGCAGCCUUCACAGCAACAGUCAAAUAACAAUAGAAUGCAGUGUCAACAGCGGCAGGGUCCAAUGAAUCCAAGACAUAGUACACCAACACAGAACAUGGUCAAGCGUCCGAAUCAGCAGCUACAGUCAACUGCUUCAAGGAAUAGCAACUUGCGUGAAUUACCAAUAGCACCUUCGCAUGCUAUUGAGAUUAGUAACAACCGGCGAACCGCUGCCCCUGCUGCGCAGGUGAAACCCAUUACCAGCACAACACCUGCUACAAGAUCUGUAGUAGGUGUUGGGAGCCCACAUGGGAGAACUGAAAUGAAAGCUAGAACAGUCGUGCCAGUGGCCCAAACUAAAGUAGAAGUAAAAUCUGAACCAGAGUUUCCUGAUGAAGAUGAAGAAACCAGAUUAUACCGCUUGAAGAUAGAAGAACAGAAACGCCUAAGAGAAGAAAUUCUGAAACAGAAGGAGCUGAGACGGCAGCAGCAGGCAGGUGCUAGAAAGAGAGAGUUACUUGAAAGACUUGCACAACAGCAGCAACAGCCUCCUAUACAACAAUCUUUCACACAGCAGGAAGAGGAAUCAUCAGAGUUUCCCACCAACGGAAAUCCAUUUAUAGUCCAUCCUGGUGCACAGGCCAGGCAAAAUGUGAAAAAUAGACUUCUUGUUAAAAAGCAAGACAUGGUAGUUGCAAAUAUUCAGCCCAAACCCACAGAUUUCAUGCAAGAUGAGGCUAAUAUGCAUUUUCAAGGACAGCAAGUGAAAACAGUGAAGCCUUUGAGACAGACUAGAACAAUACCACAAAGUCAGCUUCAGCCAUCGCCAAAAGUAUUACAAACAAAACCUGCAGCAACUACAGCAUCACUCACCCCAGGACAGACUGCUAGGGUGGCAUCAAUACAAGGAAGGCCUCAGGAACUGAAACCUGGUGUGAAAAGGACUGUCAUGCAACGGGCAAACACUGGUAGUGGAGAUGGGCCCCAUGUCGGCACCAAAGUGAGGGUGAUUAAGUUGUCAGGAGGGCAGGAGGGGGAGAAUGUUGGCUUUGUGCAGCCAGAGGGCCAGCCCCAACGCCUCCAACAACCUCUAGAACUGAGACAGCAGCCAAUGCGGAAGGUCACAUUGACAAAGGGACCACUCCAGCAGCAGCAGCAGCAGGCUCAGAUACAUUCAACAGUUCCACAAGGAGUCAAAAACAUCCAAGGGAUUCAUCCAGCUAAAAAGGUCAUUAUGCAUGGGAGAGGCAGAGGAGUAGCAGGCCAGAUGGGCCGAGGACGCUUGAUGCCAAAUAAACAGAACCUGCGAGUGGUGGAGUGCAAACCUCAGCCCUGUGUUGUGUCAGUUGAAGGGCUUUCUUCAUCAACUACUGAUGUCCAACUGAAAAACCUGCUGAUGUCAGUAGGACCCAUUCAGAGUUUACAGAUGCUUCCUCAGCAACGGAAAGCCAUAGCGAAAUUUAAGGAACCAGCACAUGCAUUAGCAUUUCAACAGAAAUUCCACAGGCAUAUGAUAGAUCUAUCCCACAUUAACGUGGCUUUGAUAGUUGAGUGAGCAUAGCUGAUAACGCUCAUAGAGGCAUACUGUGGAGCUACACAUGGAGAAGAUACAAAGGCAAAACCAUCAGGAUCUGAAGUCUUUUCAGUUUACAGUCUUUCUUUAACUGCUCUGUAGAACUACAGAAAGUAACAAGAUUUCCUCAAGAUAAGCUGAACCUAAGAGGAUCUAGCAAAGUGGAGUUUUUGUGUUCAAUUUCUUCACAUUCGGUUGUAACCCCAUGGAACUACAGAUUUUUUUUUCAAAGUGCUUACAAUGCAUGUAGACAUUGUUCUUCAAGAUCGUACUGUGUGAUCACAGUGACUUGUUGAGAAAAAGAACACUUACAUUGAAAAAUUUAAAAAGUUUCUUCAUAGCAAAGAAUAUUUGAUAAUGGUUGCUCUUAUCUUCAGUGCAGGGUAUUUAUAUGAGAACUCACUUCUCUAAACAAAACACACAUGUAUGUUGUUCCUCUGAGAAGAUAGAAGGUGCAUUCUUAUAUAGAUUAAGACGUGAUCUACUUGAUUGAGGAUAAUAUUCUGAGAGGCUUUGGAGGUGACACUGGAAGGCUGUAGUUUCUGUUUUUGUAAAUAUGUUAGAUCGGUUUUUGCAUCUUCUAGUCUGACACAGUCCCUCUUUACUCCCUUCCCCCUCCCUUUGUGAAAUGAAAACACUUUGUAGGAAUAACAUUGCUACAUUCCUCCCCCGCCCCCCAUAGUUUAAAAGGAAGGAUCUUGAUCUUCACCUUUCAGUAGCAUAAUGGGGUAGUUUACUUCAAGUAGUAUUUUAUUACAGUUUAAAUUGUUUUUUAAAAGGGAUUGCAAGAUACGAGGAAAAAGUGAAACACUUACCCUCAUUUUAAAAAUAGGGUGACACAGAGAAAGUGGUACAUUCCCAAUAGCGUUUCUUUGUGCCACUAUUGCAGAGUAUGCUUCCUCUUAAUCUUUAUCAAUUAGUAUUUUUCCUUGAAAUUUAUUUUGUGACUAAUACUAAACCAUUUAAAAAAAAUUAUUGCAAAGGCAUUAGAAUUGUGGCAUGGUGUUCCCCACAAAGAUGGGAUUAUGAGGAUGUUACGCUGUGGGUGAAAUUGGCAGUUCUAAAAAUUAUGUGCAAACAUUAAAGGAGAUUGCAUUUUGUAGUUGGUAAAAUCCAUUAUACUUCCUUUGGGUUAGAACCGUCUGGAUGGUAUUUCCAAAAGAACAAGUUUUCAUUUACUUUUGGACAAAUUUAGCAAAAUGCCAUUGUUUAUAUCCAAUUGCAGGUUUUAUGAAACAUUUUCUUAGUUUUUAUUUGGUGGGGUUUUCCUUCAUUCUUUAUUUUUAGCAUAUACUUUUGAGUGCUGACCUACUUUUUGAAGUGGGCACCUACAGAAACUUCAUAGUCUUUGAGGAUACUCAAGUAACCGAAACACUAACAUGAUGUAGUGUAUCUGCAGGAGCUUGCGAAUGGGGUCUAAAUGAGUGCCAGAAUAUGGAAGAAUGGCAGUUUGAAGCAAAUUAGCUGCGGUAAACCUUAGCUUGUAUGUAAGAUUUAGUGGUGACGAGUUCACAUAGGCUUUCUAGCUGGCUUUCUCACAGCAGAGUGUUUUGUACUCAUUUCCAAUUAAGAAGAAGUUACUAAAAAUUAAUGAUUGAGCAAAAAAUAGUGUCUAAAGUUUCCUAGGUAAAACUGCUUUCUUUUUCCACUGAAAUAAUAUGAGAAUAAUGUAGUGUAUUAACAUUAUUACAAUGGGAAAAUGAAAAUGUUUAAGGACUAGUGGUUUCUAAAGCCAUUUGCAUCUUAGCAAAGCGUGUAUCUUAGCAGAUCACAGUAAGAUCAUUAGAAUAUUCACGUAUGAAAGUGGGUUUUCUCACAUUUGCAUAUCUCUAAAUCAUAACAUUUGGCGCAGUGCAGCACAGUUCAUGUUCUUUGCUCAGGACAGAUCCAAGACUGGGAGUAGCAGAUGUGUCACAGUUAGAAAUGAGUUGGUGGGGCUGCAGGUGAAGGCUAGCAUGACACCUGACUUCCAUGGUGCUUGGCUCUCACUAGUGCUCUUCCCUCCUCACAUCCACCAUUACUAAACCCCACAAAUAUUGUGUUUUUUAUUGUUAAAAAGGAAUGCUUGCAUCUCAGAUGGGCCAUUAAAGAUGGUGACGUACCCACUGUUAAGGAACAGCUUCUCUGUGAGGGGAAGAUUGGAAAAAAUCCAGAAAAUAAAUGGAUCCGAGUGUCUGCCCAUGGAAGUAUGGGUCGGAUGUGGCUACAAAUAGCUCAGUAAGGGGAGUCCAGCAGUGGGCAAGUCUGCAGCUGAUCUGCUGUUCUUGUAUAAGCAGAUGAUGAUGUUGGAAUAUGAGCUUUUUUGAGGCCUAAAGAAUAGGGGCCCUAUCCAAAACCUGAAAAAGUCAGUGGAAAGUCUCAUACUGACUUCAGUGGGUUUUGAAUCAGUCCCUAGGAGAGCAACAUUUUGCAACUACAGGAUUAAGAAUUUUUAGUCAGGGUUUUUUAAACUUUUCCCCACAUAACCAUCCGGUGGCAUUGAAAGCAAAGACACGAGCAAUGUCUCCUUAACUUACUAAAUAGAUUGGAGCGAUGUAAGCAUUGUUUAAUAAUUGUAUAUAUCCGUCUUUAUAGACUGUUACUUUAGAUGACUGCUUAUGCAUAGAUAGAGUGCAGACAUAUUUGAUAGUGACUGUAGCUGCUUAUCACGGUAGCUGGGUAUCGUAUGGGAACUGUGAGUGUGUUCUGUAUGUAUGUAUGUUUAUAUGGAUACAAUUAUGUACAUCCAUCCAUCCUGUAUAUUACAGAUCUUUUGAACAGGAUGAUCUUCAAAAAAGUACCGUAGUAACAACCACCAUUAGGUUUAGGCAUGCACUAAAAAGGUUUCAAUAAAACAUAUCUUCAGUAAUAAACUCGUAACUUAAAACUGGAUUUACUGGCAAUGACCAGUUUGAACGAUAGCAUCACAGUUUGGUUCCAUUUGUUGUGGCUCCUCCCACAAAAGCAAAGGAAGUAGAGGUAAAAUUAGAAAACUGUUAUUUCCAUGUUCUCUUACAGCACUUCGUUAAAUCUGGCCAUUUUAAGUUAAUUUUCUUGGAAGAUCUGUUGCAACCAUUAUCUUGUUCUUUCUUUAUCAUGCAUUUAAAAUAAGAUGCAGAAUGCAAAAAUUGCAUUUAAUAUACAAUGUAAAUAUGGAACUUUUAAAAUUAAAAGAUGUUACUCAGAGUGCUUACAAUUCAACCACAUCUUAGCUACUUGUUAGUUUUUUUGUGUUGUCUUAUCUAAGUUUAAUGGACAUAGUUCCAUAAAUGUUGAUGUGUUUUUGUGUAUCUCUUCAAUUUUUUAUAAAGAUGCUAGUAAGUCAAUACAUAUAUCCUGAUCUGUGUAUUAUUUGUUCACAAGUUUCAGAGAAACUUAAAUUUAGUAAUGCUAUUUGAAUAGGUAAAUACAGUAGGUGAUUAUGUGGAGCCAAAUAUAUAUUUUUUUCUUUUUCAGUUAUCUUGUUUUGAUCUCGUGGCACUUCUAAGUUCAUUUUACUCUAUCAUAUCACAUCUUGGCUACUAGAUUGGUCUGGCCAUAUUAUGUGUGAAAUUAUAGAAGAAUGUUCUUAAUUUCUUUUAAAAGGCCUUUGUCCUUAAAGAUUAAGCGGAUUAUACAUUACACUAGAUCUUCACAUUCUCAUGUCGGACCAAGGUUUGGGUUUCUGGGAGGGUUCUUUAUGUUGUAUGAGUACAAAGAGGUUAGUCUCAGAGAGCAGGGUGGCACGUUUUGUAUGAUGAAAAGAAACCGUUAAACAUAAUUGAGGAGCUUGGUAAAAUCCUAUGGAUAGGGAGAGGCAUAAGUGCAGACCACAGAAUCUUCAUAAAUACAGGAAUUGCUACAAAAUGUUUUAUAAACUAUAGUGACAGAGUUUUUUAAUUUAGCAGGCUGAUGUGGGCCAAGAAUGACUGAUUCGUCUCCAAUGUAACUGGACAAAAGAUUAUGAUGAUAUUUAUAAAUAUUGAAGUCAAAUCUACAGAAUAUCAGACAAAAAUAAAUCUUCAAACGAAUAGGUUUAAUUCCCAUUUGGGGGUUGGUUCUGAAAACUCACUUUUAAUUUUCACAGCUCUUCUUAAGGCCAUUUUAGUAAGUAAACUACCAGAUCUUCAUUGGGCAUCUUAAUUCCUUUCAUAGUUGGAUUCCAUUGCAAAGAUUUAGUCUGAAGAACUUUUACAGAAGUGUAGGUAUUCUCAAGAUGCCUCUGUAUUGCUACAUUUAUUACCUUAGGUACAUUAGCAACUAAUUCUGACUACUUUGGGGAAUAAAUAAGAGCAUUUUAUUUGAUCCUGAAUUUUUUUUCUUUUACUUUUUUUUUUUUUUUGGAAUGUUUACACCAUAUAGUAUCUUCAGUCUGGUCAGUUUUAAAAGAUUGGCCCCUUCUAAGACGAUGCUGUGGGCACUUCCUAGAAUUAGCAGAAGUAGCUGUGCGUGUUGCCUUUAUCCAUAGUUUGACUUUUCUGGAUAUGUCCUAGGUUUGUGCUCCGCCAUACUCCUGUAGAUGUUAUGGUGUCCUCCCCAUUAGCACUGCAAGAUUCUAAGUAUGUUUCUACCCCAAGGAUAUGCUUCUGGCUUCACAUGCUCUUGUUAGACAGGAUUUCUAGUUUUGGUCCUCUAGGCAUAACUUUUUUCUUUGUAGCGAUUUUUGGUACUUUGAUUUUUCUAGCAGCAGUGUUGGAUGAAAAAUAAAUGUGGGGGAAAGAGGCACUAGACAGAUUAAAGAAAGUUCACUAGGUUUUGAGAGGAAUAAAUCAUUAGGGUAAUUUAAGGCUCUUGUUUCAAUGUUACCUUUAAACUGGCUUUGAUUCUGAAAUGUUACUUAGCACCGUUCUUUAAAUAUGAAUCAAUUCAACAGUUUUAAUACUGGAAGAAUUUUAUCUUAAGUUAGUAUUAAAUCCUAAGGAUUUUAUGUAAGGUUUUUUGUAACCUAGUUAAUUUUAUCAUAAAAAUUGCCUACAUUUUAACUUCUUAUCCACAUGAGCGCAAGGUCUUGUGUACAAAAACACUGAUUCAUAUUGGAUCCUCACGUAUACCAUCUUCUGGUAUAAUAUGGUUGGGAAGGAUCAUUUGUUUUAUUCUUUAGCGCUACCUUUUGCAGGAUAUUUUUUUUAAUCUUCAGUUUCCAUUUCUGUGCUUAUUUUGAUGGGAAGUACAUUGUCUUUUGCACUGUGUAAAACUUGAUGGGAAGGCUAAUUUCACUGGGUCUUUAAGCACUUGCAUUGCUUUCUCACUUCUCAAGUUUGACACUGUAUUUUUCUAACUCUAAAUGGAAAGGGGUCAUUUUACAUAUUUAAUAAUUUCUCAACAGGUUUACAUCAAGGAUUUUUAAUUUAACAGCAUCCCAGUUAAUUGAUCUUACGCUAUUUUAAAAUUUAUUACAGAUUAAAUGUAGGGUUUUUUUAAAAAGUCCUGUGUAUAGUUACAUAAAAUAUAUUAUGGCUGAAAAAGUAUCUGUGAUUAUAUGGAAAAUCACUGUUAAAUGAAGCAUUUUACUGCUAGCUUUGCCUUUUUUUUAAAAAAAAUGCAUUUCAUAGUUCAGGCUUUUCAUUGUGCAUAGUAAUUUUUCUAGCAUCUGACAGGUUUACUUUGCAUAAAUAGAAAUAAAACUACUUAUUUUCAAUAAUGAAACAAUUUUUUGCAGGACUACUUUGCAGGAGAUGGGAGUUUUCAGUAAUUUUAACUUUCAAAUUAAUACACAUUUUCAUUUACAGAUUCAGCAAAGACAAGACUAAUGAAUUUAUUUACAGUUGAUCAUCUGUCUCUAAUGGACCAUGUAAUUCAUACUCUUAAGAAGAUACACCAUUAAAACAAGUCAUAACACUUUAUUUUAUUACCAAAUUAUCCCUAGUCACCUUGGUUCUCCUCACCCUUUCUCUGUCCCCUUUCUAUUUCCCCUCGCUCCUAGUUUACCUGCAAGAAUGUUAAUUCUUUACUGCUGUCUUUUCCUUGAUGUUCUUCUCGUCUCUGUCCAAAACUUUCUCUUUCUGCCUGUGUGACAGUUGUAGUACCCAUCUCUCAGAAUCAUUCUCUAGUCUAGUUCCCUAAUACAAUGUUUUGGUCGCCUGUAUUGAAAGUAAAUUGUACUGCUGCGUCUUUCCUACAGAUGUUAGUUGUAAAUGGUUGAAUGUAAACAGCUGCCACCCAAAGGAGGGGUCGUUUUUAGAGGUUUCACACUUUAGGAUGUGUUGAACAUUCCAAAGAUGUGGAGAAAAUAUUACUUAACCAUUUUGUUUCACAGCUCUUUUCCACUUAGGGGAGUGACAGCAGUUUCCAGAUAUGCUCUAGCUUCUGUGGCAUACCAGGAGAUAUAAGACUAAUUACUAACUUUUUUCCACCCUUUACUUUUGCAGGAAUUCUAUUCUUGAAUUCAGUGAUAGUAAUAGUACUUUAUCAUUGCCACUUAGAAGUAAUGAGCACCUGUCAACACAAUUCUACCUCUAUUACUAUUACUGAAUGUGAUCCUUCCUAACCUAUAAACUUUUAAGUGCUGGAUAUAUUUGGGUAUAUUGAAACUAUAAUUUAAAAUGUACUGUUCUAAUCUGGAUUAUGAAGCUUGUGUUUAUUAGGAGUUCAGAAUAUAAAUUCAAGAGGCGACUGUAUCAUGAUACUGACUCCACUGUGGGUUCAUCUGCUUCAUGUUUUCUACUGCAUCAUCUACACACAUUAUUUUACGUCUCAUUUCUUAAGUGUUAUGUGCCUGAUUAUACCAACUCUUUCCAUUUGCAUUAGAUAUCUUUCUGUGGUAUAUGUUAGGUGUGAAUGUAAAAAUGAAAACACAGAAAUAAUGUACAAGUUCCCUAUAUGUGAUUCCAUAGUUCAAAUGUCAGUAUGUAUUUAAGUGUAUUUAUUGUAACUAAAUUGUGUAAAUAAAGUAUUUUUUCCUUUUCUUUGUAGCA